UUCAGUAGCUCAGCAAAACAGUUAGUUCAGUAGCUCCAUAGAAGAACAAGCUGGUAACAGUGGCUGAGCUCCUUGGAGGAUUCCUCAUUGUGACAAUGUAACUUCCUCAUCCAGGAAGCACCAGUUGUUAGGCAGGUGUCUAGAUGUUUCCAUUCCCACUUCCAAUUCCUGUAAAGACGUAGAGUGUUUGUGCAGGGUGGAGUCCCUUUCUACUGAAGAGCUUGCCAGAGUGUGUCCAAGUCUAGUGAUGCACAAGCUCAGCUGUCUCUGUGUUGGACAGGGAGAGUGCAGGGAUCACUGUGCUCUGCUACUCCUAUGCUUGCAAGUUUUUCCACAGUAAGGCAUGUGGUUCUACCACGUGUGUGUGUGUGUGUGUGUGUGCAUGUGUGUACAUAUUUUGUACAAAAAGGAAACACGAUGCAUUGUUUUGUACACCUUGAGGUUCCUGUGGGAUGUUCAGGUAGAAAUACCCAACACACAGUUAGGUAUCAGGGUCAACAGGGUAGUGUCAAGAAUGGAGACAAAAUUGCAGGUCGUCAGCAUGCAGCUUCUUCACAUUGCUAUGGGAGUAUAGAGGAAGGGCACCUAGCCCAGCCCCAGGACUCAUGGACAGUUCCUAGAAGAGAGAAGAGUUGCAAUGGGUCUUCGAGGAUGGAGUUUCCUGUACUAACAGUGUGUGAAAAAGGAGACUUUCCAGGAAGAGAACACAGCCUUGGUCAUGUAGGAGGAGAAGGCACACAUGAUGGGCUCUAUUUAGGCUCUGUAACCUAGAGGUCCUCUUCUAAGGACAGCUGUCAACAGAAAUAUCAACUCAUCCUAAUUCUCUGCCAACUCCUCCUUGGCCCAUGACAGCUUUAAGCCACUAUGAGUUUACUCUAUUGAUCCUGCAAGGGGCUUCCCCCAUACCUGCUAACGAGAGCCAGUGGGAAAACUUCAUUAAUGAACAAGACAUUAUUAAAAAGUGUAUUUGAUUCCUAAAGCCAGGUAAAGGCAAGGAGGUCCUGGUCUAGAAGUUGCUCUAACCCUCUCUCAUCCUUUAUGGUGUUGGAAGCAUGAGGCUGGAAAACAAUUAGGGUCAGGACACUGCAGGGUCUGGAUUGCAUUGUGGGAGCAGAGAAAAAGGCAAAGCAUUUGAUUGAGACUGGAAGAGAAGCCAAGUUUGAGGAUGGUUAAAGGGAGCUGUGAUGGGAGGUGAACUUGCAAGAUGACAGAGGAGACACUGAUCCAGGGUUGAAAGAAGAGCAAAUCCUGCCCCGGGCUCCAGCCCCUAACCCCCAUGCUGCAGGUAGAGGCUAGAAAGUCACAAGCCUCUGCUCCUCUCAGCUCCCUUCCCCUCCCAAGGUGACAGGCUGGACUAAACCAGAAAGCCAAAAUCUCAACUCCAUCUCCAACAUUAUGUGACUUUCUAGACUUUAAGCUUCUCUGAGAUUCAUUUUAACUCUAUAAAAUGCUGAUAAGAAGAGUGCUGGUUCAUAAUAUGUUCUCAGAAAUAUUUUUGCUAAAUAAAUGAAUGAAUUUUUUCACAUCCAAAUGGUUCCCAUCCUCUGGGAAACCCCAUAUCAUUAAGGUCAUACUUGGAAACAUUUUAAGAAAGUCCAAAACAUUUUAAAGGAACUAGAGAUCAGCAUGUCUUUGACAAAGGCAGGUGUUUACCUGGCUCUGAAUCCCCCUGGAAGGUGCUAAUUUCUGGGGCCUCCAGGGGUAACAAUGGGGAGAAGAAAAGUCCCAAGGUGAAAAUGAUGUCAGCUGAGUUGUUUGUCUCUUUGUCUAUCUGUCCUUUAUAAGCUAUCCCCUGUGUGGGGGCCACUGGGGCAGUGUGACUGUCCCUCCUCUUUGCCCAAGAAGUGCCUGUCCCUUUAGCCAGGUGAGUACCAUUCCAACAGCCCUCCCUGCACUCUCACAACUAGCUUACCAUGUAAGUGAAGUUCACCCCCUGGGCCCUGGAAUGGCUUCUUCUUUCCCAAAAAAGGUCCAGUGGGACUUGGGUGCUUGGAUGUGAGGGGUUGGAGAGCGGGAGGCAUCAGUGGUGACUAAGGUGUUGAGCCAUACAAUGGGGAAGGUGGCAAGGCUGUUGCUAAAAUAGUGAAAUCAAGAGCAUAUUGAGAUUGAAGAAGGGCAGUUCAGAUUUGGAGACCGAGUUUGAGGUUAUGGAAAGAACAUGUCGAUGCAGAAACGGCCACACCAUUGGAUGGUGGUUGACCUGUUGUGGACCUUAGUCAUAUUAGUCAUCAGACAUGUCUUCCUGCACUCAUGUCUUGUGCCCCUUGAAGAUCCCUAGUCUUUUCCUGUAUGCGUUAGGCUCCAUGUGGUGUAAUAUCUAUCCCUUAGCCAGAGGUGGAGGUGGAUCACCGUGUAUUUUAUUAGUGUGACCACUUCGGAGCUAGGGAGAGGAAAGCAUUAUCUAAGUGAGUGUGGUUCCUGGCACCUGUAACAGAUGUUGGCCUUAUCCAGUCAUCAGGUCCAUGACACUGUGUGUGUGUUAGAUGAUGUGUAAUUAGAGCCAGGACACGGAAGAGUAGAUAGUUCAUUGAUGGUGGAUUUGCAGGCAGAGGGGAAUUUAGGGUCUGGAUACGUGCUUACCCAAGACUCUACCUGUGUGAGAGAGUUCAGCUGGGCACCCAGUGAGGCAGCUCUAGGGGGGUCCACUGACCCUACCUGGGAACAUAAGCCUGGAAACUCUCACCCUGUUCAAAAGCUCUUUUUACAUUCUUCUUAUUCAGUAAAAGCCUGGUUCUUUAGAGCCCAAAUUUCCCAGACUCUGUAUGGAGAAAUGCAAUAUAAUCUUAUUAUUUAGAAAGUCCAAAAAGGUGGUGGUCACCAGAGAUGGAGCUGGAAAUGUCCUCAGUGAUGUCUCCUCAUUUAGUGUCAUUGGUUUUCAUUUCAUUUACUUUUUUGUGACAUGUCCAGACUGAGUCUCAUGACUUCAUGAGUUAAUGUUCUCAUAGUCUGGGCCACGGCAGGCAUCUCACCACGGCUAUCACAUUUGACAACACGCGUAUGUGGAGGCUACCGGGACACAGGUGAGGGGAGCUGCCUCUCCCCUUCCCCUGAAGUUUUCCUUUCAUCCUCUGGGAUCUUGUGUCCCUAAGCUAUGGCCACUACACCUCUGCAGACUUGGGGUUUUCUUCCUGGAACCUUGGCCUCAGGAAAAUAAUCUUUCCCUUUAACCUUCAAAUGUUAACAUUUGCUCUUCCCCUUCCCUUCCCCCCCCCCUUUUUGACAAUUCAUCUGCCUCUGUUUGAGUCUGCCCAAUGCUGCUGUUCUUACCCAUUAGGAGUCAGAUUUAUCAAGGCAUUUCCUACUGUGUCUAAAUCUUCAACUUUCUUCUCCUUAAAUUUUAUGUGUCCUUUCAUCCCAGGCCUUUCCUGGACAUUGCUAUCAAGACAUCAUUGAUGAUUGCCAUCACAAUCUCAUCCUCCUUUCACCGCCAUCGGCCCUGUCUGACAUUGCCCGUUCUGCUGCUGGGGGAAGACAGCCAUGGAUCUGGGAGCCUCGAGGAAUGACUCGGUCGUGACUGAGUUUGUUCUGCUGGGCAUAACGGAUGCUCCAGCUCUACAGCCCAUCCUCUUUGUCGUCUUCCUUCUUGCUUAUGUAGCUACCAUUGGUGGCAAUUUCAGCAUCCUGGCUGCCAUCCUUAUUGAACCCAAACUCCACACCCCCAUGUACUUCUUCUUGGGAAACCUGUCCCUGCUGGAUGUUGGGUGCAUCAGCGUCACUGUCCCUGCCAUGUUGAGGCAUUUUAUAUCCCAGGACAGAAGCAUUCCCUAUAGGGCCUGCCUGUCCCAGCUCUUCUUCUUCCACCUCCUGGCCGGGGCAGACUGCUUCUUGCUGACUGUCAUGGCCUACGACCGCUACUUAGCCAUCUGCCAGCCCCUCACCUACAGCACCCGCAUGGGCUGGGGAAUGCAGCAAGCCCUGGUGGCCAUGUCAUGUGCCUUUUCCUUCACCAAUGCACUGACCCAAACUGUUGCCUUGUCUACUCUUCAAUUCUGUGGCCCCAAUGUGAUCAAUCACUUCUACUGUGACCUCCCACAGCUCUUCCAGCUCUCCUGCUCCAGCACCCAACUCAAUGAGCAGUUGCUCUUUGUAGCAGCAGCCUUCAUGGGUGUGGCCCCCUUGGUCCUCAUCACUGUGUCCUAUGCCCAUGUGGCAGCUGCGGUCCUGCGAAUCCGCUCUGCAGAGGGCAGGAAGAAAGCCUUCUCCACAUGUGGCUCCCACCUCACCGUGGUGGGCAUCUUCUAUGGGACGGGCGUCUUCAGCUACAUGAGGCUGGGUUCAGUGGAGUCUUCAGAUAAGGACAAGGGGAUUGGCAUCCUCAACACUGUCAUCAGCCCCAUGCUCAACCCACUCAUCUACAGCCUCCGGAACCCUGAUGUGCAGGGCGCCCUCCAGAGGGUGCUUAUGGGGAUGAGGCCCCCCAAGUGACACUACCCCCUCUGGUCUUAACAAAUGUCAGGGCUCUGCUUACUGCUUCUGAGAGGUAUUGUAAUUAGUGCAAGUGGAGUGUGGGUGUGAUGAAAUGGGGUGACAGAUUGGCUGAGGAAGGAAAGUACAUAAAAAGCGAAACAGACAUCACUUAUGUCAUGAUUACCAUGUGCCAGGCACUGUUCUAAGUGACUGGUGUCUAUUAGCUCAUUUAAUUCUCAUAAUCUCAUGAAAGAGACACAGAUUUACAAAUGAUAGAUUAGAAAACUGAAGCUCAGAGAGGUUGAGUCGCUUGCCCAAGGUCACAUAGCUAACGAAGGUCAGAGCUGGGAUUUGAACCUAGGCAAAAUACAUCUGUAACUGUUUCCUCCCAGGAGUAAUACAUGAUUUCAAGGAGAAAGGGUAUCUAUAAUGUGGACAGGGGCAAUGGAAAAUGAAGAGUUAAAAAAGCAAAGGAGUAUCAGUGUGAUGUGAAAAAAAAGAAAAAAGAA